AUGAGCAUCCGCGUCUACCACAAAGAGUUCUUUGAGGACCUCCAGCAAGAUGCGCUCAAGAACAGCCGGAGUCCCUCGUCGCGCCCUCCGGAGAAGACCAAGUCGACCUCGGCGAGCGGGCUCGGCUCGACCAACACGUCCGACCUCUCGACCGCGACACGUCAAAAGCGACUGCAAAUGAAGCACGAAAUGUACCAACGAGAACAGGACGAGCUCCAGCGAAAGCUGCUGCUCACCAUCUCGGACAACUUGGCCAAGGACCGCAACCGGCGCGAAGUCAAGUACCUGCGUCUGCGCAGCGAGAUCGACGAAGGGAAGGCCCUCGCGUCCGAGCUCGAGGAGCGACUCGUGCUCAAGGAAGAGUCGGAGAAGCGCCAGAAGCUCCGCCUCUACGACGAGUGGACCGAGAAGGAUCCAAAGGCGCUCAACCAGCACAAGCAAGAGGCGUAUCAGCGCUUCUUGGACGCGGCCAACAAGAAGGGCUGUCUCUUCCGCGACAUCAUUAUCGAGAGCGACUACGACCCGCUGCAUGACCACACGUACAUCAAGCACGUGGCCAAGAUCGACGACCCAAGUCUCCGCGUCAUUCGCAACCGCGACGAAGAGGAAGCCAUCGCGAACGAGGGCCGACACGACGGCAGCGAUGCGCUCGAGGGCGUCAAGCACAGGGCGCAGAGCUUGGGUCGCGCCGACAACCUCGAUACAAAGCUCUAUGCGAGCGGCACGUUUGAGAGCACGCCGUACGGCUACUUUAACAAGAUGAUGAGCAGCACGCUCAGCGACCAAGGCUCCAAGACGUACGAGUCGCGCGUCCAGCUCGACCACUACCACAUCGACAAGACGGUGGAGACGCUCAAUGGCGAAUUCCCACGUGGCAAGCGCACGACCUUUGACCACGUCGAUCGAAAAGACAAGGUGUACUUGGGCUAA